AUGGCCAACAACAAUAAUAUGCAACAACAUCUACCCGCGCCACCACCCUCUGCCGCCAUGGCCGAAUUCUACAACAAUUUACCGCAACAUUUUGAAAAUCUGUUUUUGAAUGGUGACUUCGCGGACACCGACGAUGAUGAUCGUGAAAAUCAAAAUUAUCGCAGUCAACCUACCUGUUGGGUAUUCGGUUAUGGGUCGUUGUGCUGGUAUCCCGGUUUUGAAUAUGACAAAUGCAUAACCGGUUAUAUAAGAGGCUAUAAUCGUCGUUUUUGGCAGGGCAAUACAACGCAUCGCGGUACAGCAGAUAAGCCUGGACGUGUUGCUACAUUAGUGGAAGACAAAGAGGGUAUCACAUGGGGCUGUGCUUAUAGAAUAUGUGGACAAACGGCCCUGGAUUAUUUAAAGCAACGAGAAUGUACAUUAGGUGGUUAUACAACAGUCGAUACCAAAUUCUAUCCCCGCGUUGCAUCCUAUGAUGCUGCCUUUGGUGGUGAAGCUCUGCCCGUUCUAGUCUAUGUCGCCAAUAAGGACAGUGAACAUUGGCUAGGUGAAGAUCGACUGGAAAAUGUUGCCAAACAAAUUGUUGAAUGUGAAGGACCCAGUGGCCAUAAUGCCGAAUAUCUGCUAAGGCUUGCAACAUUUAUGCAUGAGGAAAUUCCCGAAAUAUGGGAUGAGCAUUUAUUUCAAUUGGAAUCGCUGGUCCUUGGUGAGCUGCGUAAACGCAACAUCCCCCUGUGGUCGGUUAUGGGUAGAAAUCGUGAUCGUAUCCGUCGUGAUUCACAUGAGGAGAUACGACGGCCGCCUAGUUUUGAAUUUACAUCACGGGUACCGGAACGUAAGCUGCGUUGUUUGAAUAUUUAGGAGAAGAA